AUGUUUCUGCAGGAGCUAAAUGGCCACGAAAAUAUCGUGCGCUUGCUCAAUGUGCUGAAGGCUGACAAUGACCAGGAUAUCUACUUGAUCUGUGACUACAUGGAGUCUGACCUCCAUGCGGUCAUCCGAGCCAAUAUCCUUGAAGAAAUUCACAAGCAGCCGGGAGUCCCAGAACAUCUUGCAUCCAGGGUCUCGGGGGACUAG